GCGGUUGGCAUAAGGUUGGUCAAUGCCUUACAACAAUCUCCUGUUCCCCUCUGCUUCUGUUUCAGCUAUCGAAUGUAUCGCAAAAAUCAACAGACCGGCUUUCCUGCUCUCAUCACAAUAUUUUCAGCGCCUAAUUACCUUGACGUUUACAAUAACAAAGCCGCCAUUCUCAAGUAUGAGAACAAUGUGAUGAACAUUCGUCAAUUCAAUUGCUCACCGCAUCCCUACUGGCUUCCAAACUUCAUGGAUGUGUUCACUUGGUCUCUUCCCUUUGUUGGUGAAAAGGUCACCGAAAUGCUUGUCAGUGUAUUGAAUAUUUGCUCCUCGGAUGAACUCUUCACCGAAGACAAUGAAGACGAUAGUGAGUUUUGCAUAUCAUUUUUUUUGGAGGAGAAUGAAAGUGUGCUGGAGUUGAAGGGUCUCACUCCCAAUGGAAUGCUUCCAAUUGGUCUGCUUUCAGAGGGUCGUGAAAAUCUCAAACAAUCUGCAUUGGCGCCUCAUGCUAAAAUCAGCUCUUUUGCUGAGGCCAAGGCGAUUGACAAGAUCAAUGAGCGAAUGCCACCAGCUCAGGCAUUAGCUAAUCCGAAGGACUGCGUGGCUGCCUUUAUCAAGGCUGCCGAGGAUUCGACCAAUGCUCCUUCCACGGUGAAGAAUGCCACCGCCACCACCACCACCACCACCACCGCCACCACGACUAGUACCACUUCUGCUCCCACGGCGAAAAAGGGCUCAGGUGGGAAGAAGUAG